CAAAGGUCUCUCUCCUCGCACUUCUCGCACUGAAAUUUGACAUCGUUGCUAGACUUGUACAACCACUGACAGUGUAGCACUAUUUUUGUAAAAUACGAAGUUGCUAGUGCACACCGGUAGCGUUUGGCUGUACCAUCGUUCGGACUUGCCGCAAGAAGUUUCCCUCCAGAAUUGUCAAGAAGUCUAGAAGUAUAAAUACAAUUAAUGUACGAAAAAACGCGGCCCUGCUGACAGCACUGAUCGCUCACACGCGGUUUAAAGUUUAAACGAGAAAGUAAUUAUUUCUGGCAGUUGUGUGUAAUAUACAGCAGCAGCAAAAUGAAGUGUCACUACGAGGUAUUAGGAGUCGCAAGAAACGCUUCCGACGACGACAUAAAGAAAGCGUACAGGAAGCUUGCGCUGAAAUGGCAUCCAGACAAGAAUCUGGAUAACACCGAGGAGGCCAAGGAGCAGUUUCAGUUAGUUCAGCAGGCGUGGGAAACGCUGAGUGAUCCUCACGAGCGUACUUGGUACGACAAUCAUCGCGAGGCCAUUCUGAAGGGUGGUAUCGGAGAUGAUUACAAGGACGAUUCCAUCAAUCUCUUCCCAUAUUUCUCCGCCUCGUGCUUCAAGGGUUACGCUGAUGAUGCGAAGGGUUUCUACGCCAUCUACAGGAACGUCUUCGACAAGUUGGCAGCAGAGGAGACUGAAUUCGCUGUUGAUGACAAAUUUGACGAAGAGUUACCCAGCUUCGGUGACUCGCAGAGUUCCUAUGAGGAUGUGGUGCACAGUUUCUAUGCCUGCUGGCAAAGUUUCAGUACCAAGAGGUCCUACACUUGGUUGAAUCCUUACGACAUACGCAACAUGCCGAACCGGCGCGUGUUGCGGCUUGCCGAGAAGGAGAACAAGAAGGUGCGCGAGAGGGCGAAACGCGAGAGGAACGAGCAGGUGCGCAAUCUGGUCGCCUUUAUUCGCAAACGUGACAAGCGGGUACAGGCGUACGCGGCGAAGCUGGCCGAGCGUGCUCGCGAGAACUCGCGAAAAGCGGAAGAACGUAAGAGGGCGCAUCUGCUGGAACGGCAGAAACUGUUGCGCGAGUCCUCCAACGAAUCCGAGUGGUCCAAGUUCUCGAACAUCGAGGCGGAGCUAGAGAAGAUCGAGACAAAUUUGACGGAGCAAUUCGAAGCGGACGAUAAGGAGGACGACGCGCUUUACUGCAUCGCUUGCAAUAAAAUCUUCAAGACCCACAAGGCAUUCACGAAUCACGAGAACUCGAGGAAGCACAAGGAGAAGGUCAAUGCACUCCAAGACGUUAUGCUAAGCGAUGAUAAGGACUAUCCUGAUAGCUCUCAGGAGAAUAACUCGAGCUCGGAGUCAUCGGUCUCGUUAAAUGAAGUCAAGUUGGCAACGGAUUCACAGAUGCCCGACUUCUUGCUGAAUCCUCCUGAAACCUCGAAACGAUUGCACGAUGAAAAUAACGAGGAUAUUUCCCCCGACGAACUAAUGUCCGACGACGAAGACGAUUUAGGACCGAUAAGUAUGGGGAAAAAGGAAAAGAAAAAGAAGAUAAACAAUGAGAGUGUUACAAUAGUUGCAACACCUGAAAUGGAAGAUAUUUCAUUUCCACUUACAGUGAAAAACGAGGAUGACAAUGUAACGUCCGAGGACGAAUUGAUAUCCGAUCAAGAGGAGGAAGAAGAGAGUCCAAUCGCCAAAGGGUCAGAUCGUCAGAAAAAGAAGAAGAAGAAGAACAAGAAGCGGAAUAUUCAAAAUCCUGAUCCUGUACUGGACCACGCCAGCGACGACAAUGUGGAAGUCAACGAGGAGGCGUGGCUGUCGAAGAAACAGCGCAAGAAGUUGCAACAGAGGAAAGUAACGACUAAGCAGUCACAAAAUGAUGAAGAGACGCACAAAGAGGAGAAGCAGGAGGUGGAAGACGAGAUCCAAGUGUCAGAGGAAGCAAAUAUUGUCAACGAGAAAUUAAAAGCCGAUAGGAUAAAAAAAGCAUGCAAGAGAGAAGAACGACCGAGUAAAGGCAAGAACAAGAAGGAUCCGGCGGAUAUUGAUGAUCUUGCUCAUUGCUGCGUCUCCUGUUCAGCCGAGUUCCCUAGCAAAAAUAAAUUAUUUGAACACCUAAAGAAGACCGGACAUUCUGUGCACAUACCGGAAUUACGAAGCAAAAAGAAUCAAGAAAAAAAGGAAAAAGCGUCUAAGGGAAAAGACAGCUUGGACAAAAAGAGACGUUGAUCAAUGGCUGGCUUAGAUAUACACAGAAUCUCUUA